GGCGAACCUAAUGCGAGGGAAUUUUGAACUUCUCCAUGUUUGUAAGCAAUGUAUAGUUUCACAUCUGGGCCUCCUGUACAAUCUAUUCCUGCGUUUUUAACCAAACUUAAGUUACUAGUGGAUGACGAAGAAACAAACGACCUCAUAUAUUGGGACCCGGUAAGAUUCAGUUUGGUUAAUAACUUCGUUUAGCACGGAACCAGUUUUCACAUACGUGAUGGAAACCGCUUAGCCAAGGAAUUACUACCGCUUUAUUUCAAGCACAACAACUUAUCUAGUUUUAUAAGACAGCUAAAUAUGUAUGGAUUCAGAAAAAUCAAUCGCGUUGAUCCGUCUAUCCCUUUAAAACCCGACACCGAAGACAUGGAAUUCAGUCAUCCUUACUUCAUUCGCAAUAAGGAUAGUUUGUUAUCUAAAAUUCAUAGACGAACUUCAAACAUGUGUUCGCCAAUACUAGGGUCAAGGAAUCAGAAUUUUGGUGUAAAAGUACCAUUUGUUCCUGCUAAUUCGGGUCUAAACGGUUCCAUUAGUGCAUCUUCACCACAAAGACCAAUAACUGCCACAGACUUCCUAAGACUGGCAGAAACGGUAAGGCACUUGCGUUGCAACCAGGAAACUUUAAGUCAUCAAAUUAAUGUGUUAAAGUCGGAGAAUCAGCUUUUGUAUCGUGAACUUUCUGACUUGAGAGAACAUCAUGAUAAACAAUCUCAACUGGUUCAGACACUCAUAUCGUUCCUUUCAGCGUUUGCACAGGAAGGGAGGUCUGCAAGCGUGUUCAUCGAACAGACCCAACUCAAAGCACUUCCUUCUAUUACUCCAUCCGGUUCAAGAUUUCAAAACAAAGGGUUAAAGCUGGGUCUUCGAAAAGGUUUUCAACUUGACCGAAACUCUGUACAACCGCUUCAACUUGUCCAAACUAGCGAUUUGCUUAAAACACAUAAGCGUCCUAAAUUCGACUUACGAAAUUUGUCCUCGAAAAUAGCCAAUACAAGUUCCAGUGGAAAUAUUACUGACCAGAUUUCAGAUAUUGGAUCAGUUGUUCAUUUUCUCCCUUCAAAUCUUCAGCUUACUCCAGUGAGUAUCGAUAGUGAUGGUAAAUAUAAAUACUCUUUAACUGGUUCAGCAUCAAAAUGUGACAUAAAUACACAAAGUUUGGCUAACGAAAAUCCUGUGAAUGUUCAAGAUGCACCGAAGUAUUACCCGUCUAAGGUGGACGAUAGUUUCAUGUAUUCUACAAAUGAUGAGGAGUUUCCCGUAGGCCUUAACGCUGAGGAAGAUGGUGUCACAGAUGCGGAUAAUUCUAUUUUAGAGUUGAACUGGCCAUAUAGUAGGUCAAAUACGCCGUGCUCUCAAACCGAUUCUCAUGGUUUGAGUGACGUAAUAUCUUCAAAGUUAGAUGGUGUAACAGAUGAAAGUAUUUGUGACCUGUUUCUUAAUUGUGACUCUCAAAAUGAACAAGUGGUCAAUAACAAUCAGUCUUUCUCAGAACCUACGCAGAAGUUUAACCCCAGAUCUACUCUUCCAAAAUAUCAGAAGGAACCAAUAAGAAAACAGCAUAAAAUUCAGAAUACACCUCGUCGUAUCAUACCUUAUGCUGAAAGUGACUCUCAAUUCGCCUCAACAACUCUCCGGGACAUUGACAGCCUUCCGUGGGAGAAGUAUCAAGACAGUGGCUUCGACUUCAAUCUCGAUGAAUGUUCCGUUCCACUCGAAAAGAUUACGAGUUUAGAAGGUGAACAAAAUCAAACGGAAAAUCCAGACAGUUCUUCAAAUGGUCUUAUAAUUGGCAAUGAAAUUAUUCCAGUAGAACCGGUUACUUUAAACGCUUGUGAUGAUGUUAUCCAGUUCCUAAAGUCAGAAAUUCCUGACAAAAAGUUAGAAUCAAAUCAAUCACAUGGGUCAUCAAAAACUUUUGCAACAACUGAAGCUAAUUCGGCCACUCAAAAUGGUGCCCUUGAUUUAACAAGCAGUUCGUCCGUACUACCGGCUUGGAAAUCAAGACUUCCUGUUAACAAUCGGCUCACAAUAUCCGCCUCUCCUAAAGUUAAACGAAAACGAAUACCAGUUUUAAUUCACAGACGACAAGUUGCCCCUCUUUCAACUCCUGAUUUAUGUGAGGGAGAAUCGGAAUGAUGCACAAUCCAAAUUAGUACUUCCGAAUACUUAUACUGCAGGUAUUAUAACUUAUCAUUAUAUAUAUUAUGUUUACGAAGCUUUUAUGUUUACGCGCAAGGUAAGCUAGAUAAGUUUAUCAGCUGCAGUUCCGGUGCUGUCAAGUAACUUUUUCUCUGUGGAAAAAAUUUAUUCACCCAUGGAUACAAUUCCUUUGCCUUGAGUGACACUGAAUUUUUACAAAAGCAACUUCGACCUAUGCAUAUGUCUAAUGUUAUUUUUGUUUCUUGGAAUCUAUUCGUCUUCAUGUUUAUGUCCAUCGUCUCAAUUCCACCCUCUGAAUUCAUAUUUUGAACUGGUAACGAUAAUGAUAAUCUUACACACAUCGUAUCGCUUUUUUAUUAUGCAAAUCAAUUUUAUGUUCUUACUUUUCCAGUGCUCUUCAUUUCAUUGUAAUUUCUACACCCGGUUCAGUAGUUUCCCAAAGAAUUUCUUCACAACAAAGAUUUGCCAAAGAAAUAUAUCAUGAAUCGCUUCUACGAAUCGCCAUUUCUUCUCUACGUAAAGGUUUUCAUGUAACUUCUGUCAUUAACAGCAAGUCUCACAAUUGUGCCGGAUGAACAAAAGUUUAACGACCCUAUACAAUUGUUUUUUUCAAUAAACAAACAAGUUUUAAACAUUUCUCCAGUGUGUUUAUUGAUAAGUCUUAUCUGUUUAUACAGAUUUUAAGUAUAUCGAGUUUUGUAAAUUAUGAACGUGGUGUAUCAGAUUCUAUUAAACAAUAAUUAAUAUU